AUCCAUCGCACCACCCGAACUUUGAACAUAAUGCAUUCAACGAUGGAAGAGACACUGUUGUUCUCUAAUUUUGAGGUCCCAUUGUUGGUCCUCAUUUUAGCUCUGCUUCUGAUUUUCAAAUUCAGAAAAGCGGAGCACAAAAAUCUCCCACCCGGCCCACCUUCCCUUCCGGUAAUCGGCCACCUUCAUCUUUUAAAAGAGCCAUUCCACCAAAUGCUGCAAGAUCUGUCGCAAAAGUACGGUCCAAUCCUGUCGCUGUCACUCGGUUUCCGCCCCGUGGUGGUUGUUUCCUCCCCGGCCGCCGCCCAGGAGUGCUUUUCGAAAAACGACAUCAUAUUUGCCAGCCGUCCUCGUAUGAUUUCCGGGAAGAUUCUGAAUUAUGACUACACUGCCGUUGGUGCUACUGCAUACGGACAGCACUGGCGCAUCAUGCGCCGCAUAGCUACCACUGAGCUACUCUCCACGUACCGUCUCAACGCAUUAAUUAACAUCCGACAGCAGGAGGUUAAAUUAUGGCUCAAAAGUUUAUACCGAAUUUCGGGCAAAAAUAAUGUCCGAGUGGAGAUAAGGUCCAAAUUGACGGAGCUGUCUUUCAAUAUUGCGUUGAUGUUGAUGGUUGGGAAGCGUUACUUUGGAGAUGAAGCAGUGGAUGAUAGUGAGGAGGCGAGGGAGUUGAAGAACACAAUGAAGCAAGUUCCUCUACUGAGCGGAGCAUCGUAUCCAGCUGAUUUCUUGUCGGUUUUGAAAUUGGUCGAUUAUCAAGGAUUCAGGAAGAGGCUGGCUAAGGUGAGGGUGGACGGCGAUGCUUUUGCACAAAGUUUGAUUGAUGAACGUCGGAACAAGAAAGCCGAUGACAAUGAACGAAAGACCAUGAUUGAUAGUCUGCUGUCCAUGCAACAAAUGGAACCUGAAUAUUACAAGGACGAUAUCAUCAAGGGCCAAUUCUUGACACUUCUGGCUGCGGGAACUGACACAACAGCGGGAACACUAGAGUGGGCGUUGUCGCUACUCCUCAACCAUCCGACCGCGAUGAAGAAGGCGUGGACUGAGAUAAACGAGCAUGUUGGGGACGAACGGCUGGUAGAGGAGAUGGAUCUUAACCAGCUACACUAUCUUCAAGGCAUAAUCAACGAGACGUAUCGCCUAUUUCCAGCGCUUCCAAUAUUGGUUCCACGAGAAUCAUCUGAAGACUGCACAAUUGGAGGGUUUGACGUUCCGAAAGGAACCAUGUUAGUGGUGAAUGCAUGGGCCAUCCAUCGAGACCCAAAAGUGUGGGAAGAUCCCAAUAGCUUCCGACCAGAGAGGUUCAAAGAGGGCGAGAGUGUGGAAGUAAGUAAAUUGUUGCCAUUUGGGAUGGGGAGAAGGGCGUGUCCAGGGGCUGGCCUUGCGCACAGAGUGGUGGGGCUGGCGCUGGCCACUCUGAUUCAGUGCUUUGAGUGGGAGAGACUCGACAACAAGGAAGUAGACUUGACUCCUGGAAUUGGACUCACCAUGCCCAAAGCCCGCCCUUUGGUAGCUAUGUUCAAACCUCGUGCUCCCAUCAUUCAUUUACUAUCACAGCUUUGAUUUGGUUUCUAAUAACCAUUAUGUGUGUUGGUGUUACUGUUUUUAAUCUCGAGGGUCAAAAUUAUAAUCUCUUCCGACCAUUCGGAGAGAUGUCUGAUUGUGUGCUUAAAAUUGGGUAUUAUGUUGUAUCUAAGUUUGCUAAUAUGCUGUGUGUUAGCAUGUAUCCUAGUAUGAAUGUUGAAAAUGAAUGUAAAAUUCUGUAAUAUUUUGGAAAUAAAAGUAA